AUGAGUACGGAAAAAACAAACAGCAAAAGCGUGGAAUUUUCAGAUCAGAUUCAAAAUACAAAUGGGGCCGACAACAGGUCGGACAAAUCAGUUUCUUCAAAUCAGAUACAUGCUGGACAGGCAGAUGUACGCUCCGCGGAGACUGUCGUGUCUGCAGAUGUUCGGCAAGACAAGUGGUCAGAUAAUACCAAGAAGGAAGUUUCUGGAAGAGUGGCCAGUGGCUCUUCUAGUGGAGUUAGCAGCAAAGGCUCGGAAAUAUCAGAUUCAUCUUCUGAGAGCUCGGGACCAGGUCAGCCUAGCCUCGGAAAGGAGCUGACAAUCGUUGGGCUUUGUAAGAGAGGAGAAUGGCUUUUGGUGGAGAGGAAAAUUCGAGCUUUGUCCUUAGAAGCAAAAGCCCAACAGGUGUCGGAGAGAGAUGAGGAAACGGGAAUGACUGCCUUGAUGUUUACUGUUCAUGAAAACAAGUUGACCAUUUGUAACAAAUUUAUCGAACUUGGCGCCGAUGUCAAUGACACCACAUAU